AUGCAGUACCACUGUAAGUACCACCGUAAGUACCACCGUAAGUACCACCGUAAGUACCCCUGUAAGUACCACCGUAAGUACCACCGUAAGUACCACCGUAAGUACCACCGUAAGUACCACCGUAAGUACCACCGUAAGUACCACCGUAAGUACCACCGUAAGUACCACCGUAAGUACCACCGUAAGUACCACCGUAAGUACCACCCUGGUGUGGAGCUGGUGUGGAGCUGGUGUGGAGCUGGUGCGGAGCUGGUGCGGAGCUGGUGUGGAGCUGGUGCGGAGCUGGUGCGGAGCUGGUGUGGAGCUGGUGUGGAGCUGGUGCGGAGCUGGUGCGGAGCUGGUGCGGAGCUGGUGUGGAGCUGGUGCGGAGCUGGUGCGGAGCUGGUGCGGAGCUGGUGCGGAGCUGGUGCGGAGCUGGUGCGAAGCUGGUGCGGAGCUGGUGUGGAGCUGGUGUGGAGCUGGUGUGGAGCUGGUGUGGAGCUGGUGUGGAGCUGGUGUGGAGUUGGUGUGGAGCUGGUGUGGAGCUGGUGUGGAGCUGGUGCGGAGCUGGUGUGGAGCUGGUGCGGAGCUGGUGUGGAGCUGGUGUGGAGCUGGUGUGGAGCUGGUGCAAAGUGUUUUUUCUGA